AAUAUGGUUAUCUCUCGGCAUUCAAAAAUGGACGACAAAGUAAGAAUUUCAUUGCUCAGGGAAACAAGUUUUUCAUCUGUGCAACAAACACUUUGAAUCUURCAUCUCAUAUUUUUGUGUCAUUGUCAAAAAUAUAAUUUUCUGUAUAAAAAAUUGUUGAAGCUAAGUUUGCUCUAGGAAGUUGACUCUUAACAUGAUAAAUAUUUGAAUCUGGCUGACUGCAUUACUAAACCACAAUCAUUUUACUUAAAGAAAACGUAAUUAUCAGUUCAUCCCUGAUUUCUUUAUACAGGUGGUUUUUUUUGUUUUGUCUUCAGCGACAGGAUGCAGCCAGGCAGAAGCCAGCUGUCYGUCUCUCUGAAGCCUUAUCUGAACAACAAAAACAGAUUACAGCCCAUCAUUGGCCUGGGUAGCAUCACUGAGUGUGUGAACGUGGGUUCAGAGGACAGAGAAACGUUGUACUUGUGUGAAGUGUGUGUGUGUCGACUCACUAAAGCUGAUAUCCGGAACCACAUACUGGGAAGCCACCACAGAUUCAACUACAUUAAAUCCUAUCAUCCCCUCUCAGUGUGUAAAUGGCAGGAGAGCUACGACCUGUCAAAGCUGGCUUGGCCGCUGAUGGAGUUGGCCAAAACGCUGGAGGUGAAGGAGGGACCAGGAGAUGUCCAGCUAUUAGAAGUUCCUGACGCUCUAUACCAGACGAUUUCUACAGCGAGUAAAAAUAACGCAGCAGCUCUGAUAAAYGCCUUAAAAGACGAGGCGGGCGAACCGGGAUGCUUUUCAGAAGCGACAUCUUUGCACUAUCCCUCCGAGUCGCAGAGGAUCGUCUUGUGUCCACACAAGCAAGGAGGAGCUUCAGAGGUGUUUGACAGCGCUGACGUGAAACCGUACGAGAUUUCAGCACGAAUGGAGUCUCCCCCUCUGAUUCCUGCGAAUCCAACUCCCGAAUCUAAGGUGUGCUUAAACGAUGCGUCCACAUGGAUACCGAAGGACGUGUGGACGUUACCUGAGCCGUCUGAGAAGAACAACUGUUUUGGAGACAUGUCGGGAAGCAAUCCUCUCAUUGGUCUUGUUCGCGUUGAUGAGUUGAGAGGUGAAAAUGGCAGCUCGUAUGGUUUCCUGUGCCACUGCUGCCGCAUCAGAUCCAACAAAAGGGACAUCUAUGAUCACCUCACCAGCUAUUCCCACCUGUCCAACUACUUGAUGGAAAUUCAACCCGAUCUGGUGGACAUAAUGAAUGAAGAUACCGAAGCCAACUUCCAGCUCCUCGGAUCACUGGCUGACCAAGUGGAGCAACAGGAGGGCAGAGGAGAGCCGAAGAUAGUAAAUGUCCCAGAAUCCUUCUGUAGGCAGAUCACUGGCAAAAGUUACCACUGGUGUUUAAGAAUGCUGUCAAAUGGCUGGGUAAAUACUAACAUCCAGACCAAACGAGAACCUGUCCAAGGUGUGACCAAGCAUCCAGCGUUCACAAAGAUCCCUGUGGUGAUGUCAAAACCAGCAAAAAGAGAGAAACCAAAGAGGAAGAAGAAGAAGAAGAAGAAGAAGACUGACCCCAUGUUCAAUGUAAGCUUUCCUCUCCGCGAAGGUGCCAUGCUUCUGGAGAGGACAUGCUUCAGAAAGGACAGUGUGUUCGAGAUGGCGUCACCGUCUUUAUCUGACCCCGAUCCGGUCUCAUCGCCGCUGGACACGGAGCUAAAGUGUGACGAAGCUUCUUUUGAAAAUAACGACGCUGAAGGAUCCUCGGACUUGCAGACCUGUCAACUAGAGCAAGAUCUCCGUAAAGAGGAUGUAGAUUCUGUUAAAUAUGUCCCAGAAACGAACAUCAUAGUCACCGUGUUUCAAGACGCAGAGGGAAGUGACGGCGUGAACUUUAACCAGUCGGGAAAAGAAACUGAGGCAGGGGACCUCAUGGUGUACGGAAGACAAGAUGGAUCUCAAAGACCUUUUCAAAACUGGCAAAGUGAAAAUGUCUACGCAGAGAGAGGGGGGACAUUUCCUGCUGCGUCCCACAACGAGGACUGGCGUCCUUAUAAACCUUACUACAGACAGGAGGAGGGCAGCCCUAACGGGUGGUACAGCUCAGCUUCAGUCCAAACAGGAGUUGAAGACAUGAGACAAAUGAACGGAAACUACACGACUUCCUGUUCUGCUCAACAUUAUCCCCAUCAGGAUCAGCAGAUGGCAUGGGGCGAUGCCGGUUCUGGGACUGGUGGCACGUGGGGCCACCCCGACCUGCCCAGUGAGGUCGAUUCUUUCAUCGAAGCUGCCAGGACCAACGUGCAAACGAUGCACAGAGGCAGCAUCGCUUCAGAGCCUGGAGUGAGUUUUUAUGAGACCGACCCGAGACAAACUGGCACGGGACUCGGCUUUAACUGGUACUACGCAGACCCACAGAACUAUAACACGCAGCCUGCUGCCGUUCAGGUGGGCCAUGUAAACCAGAUGUUUAACUGCCAGAACACUGGGCCCAGCACACACCCUGCCUGGUACGGGGCUUUCAUGCAGCCAAAUGGUUUCUCUCAGCCAGGACCAGCUGUGUAUUACAGCACCGGUUCAUUUCAGAACUGGGGUCUCGACUGAUUGAAAGCACUUUAUCUCCUUUUAUUUUUGCAUGAAUCUAAUUUAUGCAAACGAAGCUAUAAGUUCAAGUCUCAAAGUGGAGAAAGGGUUCUGCCUAAAAUGAUGUGGUUUUAGGACCAAAAAAUUAAAAAACGCGUGUGAUCAAUUUAACUGACUCCAGGCUGGAUUGAAGCAUUUUUAUAAAAGUGCCUGGGCAGUGGAGGUUACGUGCAAUAAAUACAUCAUUUGUUUAUGCGGGAACAAAGCUGUUUUAAUAACAGAAUUAAAAGUCACUCAAACUUUUGUAAGGCAAAAAAACAAAACUAUUUCUGGUUCUACCAAAGACUAAAAUUCACUCUGAAGAACUUGACCAUCUUUGUUAUUGGUUUGAUUGUUUUUUGUUUAAAUAAAUUAGAUAAAUCUUUCUCAGGGAAAGAGCUGUAGUUUCUAAAUCCUGUUAGCGCUAACGCUACUAUUCUGUUUGUUUCAAUAAUCGUCAAGCUUUGCCUCGAUAACUGCAAAGAAGAGUUUACUGUGAAUUUUAUUGCAUAAAAUACAUGUUUUUGAACUGAGUUGAGUUGAGUGUUGGCCAGUGUUGUCAUAAUGCAGGUUUUGCAGUGUUCAUUAUUAAGUCCUGCUUUUUUCUGCUUUUUUCUUAUUAUUUCUUUUUGCAAAAAUGCCCAGGUAGUGGCCAAACAUGUUAAAAACGUAUUUUUUUGUGUUGUCUACAUAAUGUAGAGGAUGUGACACCUUUACAAUAAAAACGCAAACACUGUUAAA